CGCUCAUUCGGACCGCUUUUAUUAAAAACCAUUUUUUUGAUUGACUUGUUUUUAUCAUUUUCCGAAUUUUAUCGUCUCGGUAUCGUCGUAAAUAAUAUUUAUUGAAAAUGUUUCGAAUGUGUAGAAUUUUACGCAUAGUGAUUUAUUUUGAUGGAAAACGUGUAGAUAAGACGCCGUUUGUUUUAAUAGAAAAUGUCCCGGGAACGAGCCAUGAGCCGCAGAUUUUACAGGGGCGAAUCGUAUUCCAAUUUAUUGGCAUGCAUGGACCGGGGACAAAUGGCUGAAGAACAAAAUCGGUGGACGUUUGAAGUCGCGUGGGAGGCCGCCAAUAAGGUUGGUGGUAUCUAUACUGUUAUUAGAUCGAAGGCUUAUGUUUCAACGGAAGAAAUGGGAGACCAGUACUGUUUAAUUGGGCCCUACAAAGAGCAUUGCGCCAGAACGGAAGUAGAAGAAGGGCCCUUGGGUUCAGAACCAUUGAACAAAGCAGUUGAAGCUGUUAGAAAUAAAGGUUAUAAGAUUGUCACUGGAAGGUGGCUGGUUGAUGGUAACCCACAAAUAGUAUUGAUGGAUAUUGGCAGUGGCGCUUGGAAAUUGGAUGAGUUUAAGCAAGAACUAUGGGACAAAACAAAUAUUGGUGUUCCCCACUUAGAUAUUGAAGCUAAUGAUGCCAUUAUUUUAGGUUAUAUGGUGGCAGAUUUCAUUUCAGAAUUCAGAAACAUCGCUGAAUACGACGGUGGCGAUUCGCAGCCUAAAAUCGUGGUGCACUUUCACGAAUGGCAGGCUGGCAUUGGUCUGAUAGCGCUCAGAACGAAGCAUGUACGCGUGGCAACAGUGUUUACCACCCACGCUACUCUGCUAGGUCGAUAUCUGUGUGCUGGCAACACUGAUUUUUAUAAUAACCUCGACAAGUUUGCUGUCGACGAAGAGGCUGGAAAAAGGCAGAUAUACCACAGGUACUGUAUGGAACGGGCGGCUUCACAUUUGGCGCACACUUUUACCACAGUGUCCGAUAUCACAGGUUAUGAAGCGGAGCAUCUGCUCAAACGUCAAGCUGACGUCAUAACGCCCAACGGUCUAAACGUCAAAAAAUUUUCCGCGCUGCACGAGUUCCAAAAUUUGCACGCCCUGUCCAAAGACAAAAUACACGAGUUUGUCAGGGGACACUUUUAUGGGCAUUAUGAUUUUGAUUUGGACAAAACUUUGUAUUUCUUCACGGCGGGGCGUUACGAAUUCGGCAACAAGGGUGCCGAUAUAUUCAUUGAGGCGUUGGCUAGACUUAACCACUAUCUUAAGUCAUCCCAUCCCGAUGUCACAGUCGUCGCUUUUUUGAUUUUCCCGACGAAAACGAACAAUUUCAACGUCGAAUCGCUGAGGGGUCACGCUGUGACGAAGAGCCUACACGAAACCAUCAACGACAUACAGGGAAAGAUGGGCAAAAGGAUGUACGAGAUUUGUCUGAGCGGGAGGCUACCGACCGGAAACGAACUAAUGACCAAGGAGGAGCUGGUCAGGCUGAAACGAUGCAUUUUUUCCUUGCAACGCGACGGUCUGCCGCCCGUCACCACCCACAACAUCGUCGACGAUUGGAACGAUCCCGUGUUGAACUCGGUUAGACGCUGUAAUUUGUUUAACACGACCCACGACCGGGUCAAGAUAGUGUUCCAUCCGGAGUUUUUAAGCUCGACUAAUCCCCUCUUCAGCCUCGACUACGAGGAAUUCGUCAGGGGGUGCCACCUGGGCGUGUUCCCGAGCUAUUACGAACCUUGGGGCUACACCCCCGCGGAGUGCACCGUCAUGGGGAUACCGAGCAUCACGACGAACCUGUCCGGCUUCGGGUGCUUUAUGCAGGAGCACAUCGCCGACCCGAUGAGUUAUGGCAUAUACGUGGUGGAUAGACGAUACAUUGGACUCGAGGACUCCGUGCAACAGCUAUCGAAGUAUAUGUACGAUUUCUGUAGGUUAAGUAGGCGGCAGCGUAUCAUUCAGAGGAACAGGACGGAGAGGUUGAGCGACAUGCUCGACUGGAGAAACUUGGGAGUAUACUAUCGCCAAGCGAGGAUGCAAGCCCUGCACAAACUGUUCCCCGACUACGUGGAAGAGAUCGAGUCCGCGAUCGGAACCCUGAAGUAUCCCCGACCGAUUUCUGAGCCUCCGAGUCCAAAUUCGAGCCAGUUCACCACGCCGGCGGCCUCGGUACACGGCAGCGACGACGAAGCCGACUCGGUGGACUCCGAAGGCGAGCUGGAAGAACUCAAAAUCAACCAUCACAAGUAGAAAACAGGAUCCGCCAUAUUUUUUUAUAGGUGGUACGAUAGGUAUCUAAACGUUCUUCCUCUGAUUUCCAAGAAUACUCACCGUCGACGUUUGGAAUAUAAUUAGGGCCGCUGAUUGUUAAAUUUUUCCUAAUUUUAUAAUUGAACCCUAAAUAUUGAUAUAUAUUGUUUUGUCAGGAACCCUACGAAAUAUGAAUUUUAAAGCCAAAACUUUGUCUAUAAAAAUAUUUUCGUA